GUGAUUUACGAAAUUUCUACGAUAAUGAUGAAAAUAUUAAUCGUAGUCUCAUUUCGUUAAAUGUAUUUACAGAGAAAUUUACAGAAGGUAUUUAUUCAUUAAAAAUUCAGAUUGAAAAUUUCUGCAAAAUUCAUAACAAUUCUUUGUCUGAUGAUGAUGAUAUAACUUUACAAAAUAUUAAAAAUAGUUUAAAAAUUAUGGAUAAUGCUUGGACUUCAUUCAAGACUUCACUGGAUCAGAUAGAUAUACAAAUACGUAGUUAUUCUGUUGAUAUGAGAGGAUAUGCACCAAACAUUAGUAAAUAUUUUCACACUUAUAAGCUGUUACAGAAAGAAGAAAAUUAUGUCAGGAAUAAAAAUAUAAGACUUCAUUCACCUGAAAAACAUGAAAAAGAAAUGAAAUUAUUGGACGAUGCGAUAAAACUAAGUUUACAAGCUUAUUCUAUAAAUAUAAAAUUUUACAAUGAUAAAAUUGAUGAAUUACAAAGACUGAUAAAAUAUAUGAAUCAAACAGAUAGUUCUGCUCAAAGUUUCAAUCAAUUAAUAUCCUUUUGGAAUGUUGUCUACGAUAAUUUUGAACAUUUAAUUGGAUUGAUUAAAAAUCAGCCUGAAAUAGUUAAUAACAUGAAACAGGUAUUGUUGAAUUUUGUUUCAAGUAUGCAAAAUAUUCAAUUGAUUAAAAUGAUAGAAUUGGAAGAUGCUGAAAAUCAAGCGAUAGAAAAGAAUAUUCUGAUUGAAAAUCUUCAAAAGCAAGUGUCUCAUUUGACGGAAAAAAAUUCAGAGCUAUUGAACAACGUGGAAACUUUGAGAAAAAAUUUAGACGAACAGCAAGCAAUAAAUUCAUUAUAUAACAAAGAAGAGGAAUUAACAAACGAGAAUAAUAAACUUGAAAGACAAUUGAAUACUCUUAAAGCUGAAAAUCAGGAACUUAGAAAACAAUAUGACACUGCUGUUCGAAGAAGUGAAGAGUUACAUCAACGAAUAGGAGAAUAUACGAAUUUGCAAGACAUCGAUGAUUUACAGUUGGAACAUCAACGGGAAUUCAAUUCAGUGACAAAAGAAAAAGAAAAAUUGAUUAAUGAAAAUAACAAACUGAAGAAACUACAUGAUGAAGAUAAUAAAGUUAAUGCAGAAUUACAUAAAAAAUUGGAUGAACAAAGAAAAACAAUAAAUGAUUUGAACAUUGAACGAGAUGAAUUAUAUCAAAAAUUGAUGAAUGAUUUUGGAGAAAGUGAGCAGCAAAUAGUGAAUGAUGCACAGGAUUUAAAAGAACAACUAUCUACAGCUGUGAAUCAAUUGACACAGAAAGAAGAUCACAAUAACAGUUUGAUGAUUGAAGUAGAAAAAUUGAAACAACAAAAUAAUAUUCAAGAAGGAACAAUUAAAAAUUUGACAGAAGAAUCUGUUCGAAAUAAUCUUCGUAUCAGUGAUCUAGAGAAUCAAAUAAAGCCAUUGAAGAAACAAACACUGGCGUUGGAAACUGAAAAACGAAGUGAAAAUCAGAAAGAAAUCAAAUUAAAGCAAAAAUAUGAAGAAACAAAGAGUGAAAAUGAAUCAUUGAGAAUUCAAAUACAAGAUUUAACAAAUCAAUUGUCAUUGGUUCAAGCUGGACCAUCAGUAGAACCAAGUACAGAAGUUUCUGAUAGAAGUUAUUCAAGAGUUCUACCAAAACGUAAAGCUCGAUCUAAUGAGGAUACGACAAAACGUGCUAAAUUACAUUCUGUCAGUCAUUGGCAAGCUGAGAAGAAAAAAUUAUAUUUUACAGAUUCUUAUGUGACAUCAUCCAUAGAUAGUAUUGAUGAAAAUAAUUGGAAAGUUUUACAAAAACAAAUCAAAGAAUUAAAUCAAAAGUUGAAUGGACUACAUGAUAAAUUAGCUGUAACAUUUACAAGAUAUGAAGCAGCACAAAAAUUGAGAAAUAAAAAUACAAAAAUUACCACAUUUUCGAAUGAAAUGGAAAAUAUUAUUAAAGAAAUACGUCAACAAUUAGAAAUAAAUAGGCCUGUAUACAGUAAAGCUUUAGAAAAUUUGAUACUUGAAAUAAAUACCAAUUAUGAAAAAGAUAUUGAAUUACAGAAAGAUAGUCAAUCUGUUUACGUUAAUCUCAUUAAUUCAAUAAUAGAAGAUUAUACAGAAAAGAAAAAUAUACAUAGAGAAAAAAUAAGACGAUUAAUUGCUAAACAAGAUAGUGCAACAUCAUUGGCUGAUUCAAAUAAAAUAACAACAAAUUUGGAAAAAGAAAAUGAAAAAUGGAACACAAUCAAAACUCAAACAAAUACCACAUUGAAAGAAUUACAUAGGGAGAUAACUCAAUUUAUAGAAAGAUAUAAUGAACGAAAUGAAAAAAGGAAAAAAUUGUUAUUUAGUAUUAAAGGUCAUUUAGUUAAUAACAUAUACAGUGAAGUAAUUAAUGAACUAUUGAUCAGUGUUGAUAAAUUGAUUGAUUAAAAAUAUUUUUGAGUUAAGUAAAAGACAUUUUUGAAGAACAAUAUUUAUAUUGUUUUCAAAGAAAAAAAAUUAAAGCUAAUAAGAUACAGUGGAUAGCCUUUUUUUCUUGAAACUCAAUAAAUGAUGUAACACAAAGUUGAAUAUUUAUAAAUGUGAUAAGCACACUGUAAAAAAUUUGGUGUUAAAUUCGACACCGUUACACUUAUAGAAGAAUAUAUUUGGUGGGACUAAAUGAAUUCAUUAAAAUUAUUUUUCAGGAUUUAUUUGA